GAUGAAAGUUAUUACGAACAAGCCAGUAUAUGCUGAAAAAAAGGACAUAUAAAUUGACACGGCUCUGAAGCCACAGGUUCACAAUCCUGUUUGAAGUCCCACAGAAGAGUGUGAGGGUCCUGCAGAGGCUUCGUGUGGCCCAAGUGGAAAACAGAUCAUCUUUCUCCUUCUCUAUGUGUCUUAAAAAAAUAAAAUUUAAAAAGUACCCUGUUUUGGAAAAUGUGCUGUGAUUUAAAAAGGAGGUUUUUGCUCCUCUAUGCAACACAAAAAGGGCAGGCAAAAGCCAUAGCUGAGGAAAUAUGGCUGCAAGCAGGUGCCCGCGGAUUUGAAGCUGAUAUGCACUGUAUAAGUGAAAUGGACAAGUAUAACUUGGAAGGAGAAAAGGAUCCUGUAGUUAUUGUUAUUUCCACUACUGGUACUGGAGACCCACCAGACACUGCCCGCAAGUUUGUUAAGAAAAUUCAGGAUAAGAACUUGCCACCUGAUCAUUUCGCACACCUCCAGUAUGGAUUGUUAGGUCUGGGAGAUUCAGAGUACACGUUCUUUUGCAAUGGUGGAAAGACAGUAGACCGACGACUUCAAGAACUUGGUGCCCAGCACUUCUAUGAUACAGGAUUAGCAGAUGAUUGUGUAGGGUUAGAACUAGUGGUUGAUCCUUGGAUUGAUGGACUUUGGCUUGCCCUCAAGAAAGUGUUUCUAUUGCAGAAAGAAAAAGAAGGCAUGAGCAACGAUGUUAGUCCUAUUCCUAGCGCUCUCUCUGCAGCUGCACUUGUUGGGCAUGAGCUAAACUUAAGCUCAGAAAUACAGAACUUGAAACUAGAAGUUGAGGGAAAUGCAAGUUCCGAUGUUUCAUCACAGAAACAGGUUGACACCAAUCUUCGGGCUUCAGCUAGAGACACUGAACCUUCGCUUGUUCACUCUGUCCCUCCCAUCUCUCAGGCUACCCUUAAUAUCCCUGUCUUGCCACCAGAGUAUAUAGAGGUGCAGUUUCAGGACACCCAUGGUGAGAAUCCCCAUCCGUCUGCACUGAUUUCAGAGGGAACAACCUUCAAAGUGCCAGUUACAAAAGCAGUCCAGCUCACUAGAGAAGAUGCGAUAAAAACUGCAUUGCUUUUAGAACUCGAUAUUGCAAAUACAGCCUUUGACUACCAACCUGGAGAUGCCUUCUGUGUAAUAUGUCCCAACAAUGUCAAUGAGGUGGAAGAACUUCUUCAAGUCUUGGGACUUUCUGAAAGAGGAGAGUACUUUGUUUGUGUAAAGAUUAAGGAGGGCACUAAAAAGAAAGGAGCAGCUUGUCCACAACACAUCCCUGAAAGGAGCACUCUGAAAUUCAUCCUAACCUGGUGUCUGGAAAUAAGAGCAAUUCCCAAAAAGGCAUUUUUGCGAGCUCUUGUAGAGUGCACCAGUAAUGCAGGAGAAAAACGGAGACUUCAGGAGCUUUGCAGCAGACAAGGAAACUCUGAUUAUACCCGUUUUAUUAGAGAGUCAAAUGUUUGCUUGCUGGAUUUGCUUCGUGCUUUUCCAAGCUGCAAGCCUUCACUAAACCUCUUAAUUGAACAUCUUCCUAAAUUGCAAGCAAGAUUCUAUUCGGUUUCAAGUUCAAACUUGUAUCAGCCAGGAAAACUGUCCUUUGUGUUUAAUAUUGUGGAGUUUCCUGCCUGUCCCACUAGACCAGUCUCACGGAAAGGUGUAUGUACAGGCUGGCUUGCUGAGUUAGUUGCACCUCUACUGCACCCCAAUAAAAACACUCUGUGUACGGAAGGAGGAAGCCCUCCAACUGAAGAGAUACCUAUUUUUGCUCGUCCAAACAAUACUUUCCACUUACCUUCAGACCCUUCUGUCCCUUUUGUGAUGGUUGGUCCAGGAACAGGAAUUGCACCAUUUAUUGGUUUCCUGCAACACAGGCAAAAGCUGAGGGAAGAACAUACAGACUGGCAUUUUGGAGAGACAUGGCUGUUCUUUGGUUGUCGGCAUCAUGAUAGAGACUAUUUGUUCAAAGAUGAGCUCAGAUGUUUUCUUGAAAAUGGGACAUUAACUCAUCUUAAGGUUUGUUUCUCAAGAGACUCUUCAACUGCAGAAGGAGCCCCACCUAAGUAUGUGCAAGAUGUCCUUAGGCUUUAUGCUAAGGAAGUUGCCAGAGUCCUGCUGAAAGAUAGCGGUUACUUCUAUGUAUGUGGGGAUAAGAAGUACAUGGCUGAUGGUGUAAGUGAUGCUGUAGUGGACAUUUUAAGCAUGGAGAUGGAAGUUGACAAAUUGGAAGCAAUGAAAAUGCUGGCCAUGCUUCGAGAAACAAAACGAUAUUUGCAGGAUGUUUGGAGCUAAAUAUUUAGCUUUUCUUAUGUCCUUACAGCACAAAAGAUUUUGUGUUUUACUUUCACAUUUAUUCUUUUGACUAGGAGUUAUUGUCAAAAGUGCUGAUGUCACACAUUUUAACUUUUUCUGCUGAUCUUUCAUACAGGAAUCCUUUUAAAGGACAGCAAACCAAUCUGUCUUCUGAAGUGUAUUGUUUUUAGUAACAUUGCAUAACAGGUUGUAUCAAUGCCUUGAUUCUUUGACUAUUGCUUUCAUAUAGAAAGUAAGAACUCUUGCACUUGUACAAGUAUAAUUGUACGUUUACAUUAGGUCAUGUAUUUUUUUUACAAUAAUGUAUAAAUAAGCUACAGGGUAAAUGUGCAGUAAUCUGUGCAUCAUCAAAUACAUUACUGACUUGCUAGGAUUUAUUUGAAUAUUUUGAAAGAUUAUUUUUCUUCCACACAUGCACACAUGUAUACACGUGAGUAUACAUACAUACAUGUGUGUAUACAUAUGUAUUUCUUUUUUGCUUGUGCAAAAAUGGUAGGAAUGAAAGUCCAGAAUAUUGCACACAAACUUGUUGCAGAAUUUCAACUCUUGUUUUUUUUUUUUUUUUUUUAAUACUUAUCUUUUUCAUUGCAUCAUUCAUGUAUCUCAGUUUUGCUACACUCAAUGCUAAUCCUAGAUUUUCAUGCAUUUUAAGUUACUUUCAUUCCUGUCUGUCGUGUGAUUUUUUUUUUUUUUUUUAUUUAAAAAUCAACAAGUGGUUGAAUGUGAUUGCUGGAGAAAAUACUGCUUAGUAAAUACUUUUUAGAUUUCUAAAGUAAUAUUUUUUAAGUUGAACACACAUAAUGAAAUACUAUGUUUUUAAAGUAGUUAGCCUUACUUAAGGCAAUCCCCUUCAGAAAUGAAAUUGUUGGAAGCAAGUUGUUGAAAUAUCCAUUCUUCUUCCAAACAAGGGCUGCUUGGAGUGCAAAUAGUUGGAAGAGUGAAAGUGUAAGUUAUUCAUACUUCUCUUCAGAUCUCUCCUCUCUUUCCUUUGCUUUUUCUAACUUCUAAAAAUUCGUGUCAUCUUCUUGGUCCUUUGUCAUAUUUAGGUCUUUAAAGAUAAACAUGAGAGAAUGUUUUAGACACGUUGUUGUGUAUUUCCUUGGGAGAACUCUUGUUUUGUUUGGCCUUAAUGCAUAAUCAGAACCACAUGACUUAUUCCAAGGCUUGUAUUUGCCUACUGAUUAUUUGUAGGUAAUUCAAGAAAUGUUUAUCGAAAAAUUAUGAUCAGAAUAAAAUCAUGUUUUUAAAC